AUGACGCCCGACGCGAGCAACACCAUCACUCACCACCCAAACGUCUUCAAUCUCCAGCGCCUCCAGCAGACCUCCAGCCGCAGCAGCUCGAAAGCGCCUGCUGGGCGUGCCGCUUCUAGCACAGGCGUCGAGGCCGUCGAGGCGGCAGACCACGAUGCGGUAGAGCGCCACCACUACACCGCCGCCGACAUCGAGAGCCAGUCCACGGCAGGUCGCACGCCCGUGCCGCGUCUGUCGGCCGAGAGCGAUCCCUACGGGCUGUCCUUUUCCUACAAGACGGACUCGGACCUCGAGCAGAUCAAGGCCAAUUCAUCUCGUAAAAGGGACGGCGCCAAUGGCGACAAGAAGCUGGGUCCCAAGAGCGACCACCGCAAGAUCCGCGGCUUCUACGAAAACCAAAACGCAACCAUUGAGCGCAUGCUCAAGUCGGUGGAGGACCAUCGGGAGGAAGCCCGCAUCGAGCAGGGCGAGGACAAGCUCAAGUACAAGAUUGCCGUCUACGGCUCGCUCGCGGCCAACAUUGUGCUCACGGCGCUGCAGCUCUACGCGGCCAUCACGUCCGGCUCGCUGUCUCUCUUCACCACCAUGGCCGAUGCCGUCUUUGACCCGCUCAGCACCCUCGCUCUCAUCCUGUCCAACCGCGCCAUCCGCCGCGUCGACCCCCGGCGCUUUCCCGCCGGCAAGGCGCGGCUCGAGACCGUGGGCAACAUUGUCUUUUGCUUCCUCAUGAGCGCUGUGGCCCUCAUCAUCAUCGCCUUUUCCGCUAGAGAGCUGGCCAACGGCGAUGGUGACAAGAAGUUUCACCUUCCUUCCGUCAUCUCGGUCUGCGCGGCGUUUGCGACCAAGUUCUGCCUCUUCCUGUACUGCUGGUCCAUCAAGGACAAGUACAGCCAGGUGAACAUUCUGUGGCAAGACCACCGCAACGAUCUGCUCGUCAACGGCUUCGGUAUCCUGACCUCGGUGGGCGGCGCCAAGCUGGAGUGGUGGAUCGACCCCAUGGGCGCCAUCCUGCUGUCCCUGUUCACAUCCGGCGUCUGGCUGUACACUGCCUUCAACGAGUUCCUGCUGCUCGUGGGCGUGGUCGCGCCUCUGGACAUGCAGCAGCUCAUCACGUACGUGUGCCUGACCCACUCGGAUGCCAUCGAGGGCAUCGAUACCGUGCGAGUCUACCACUCGGGCCCGCGGCUGAUUGCUGAGGUGGACAUUGUCAUGGACCCAUCCCGAACGCUUCUGGAGACGCACGAUGUGGCCGAGGAGCUGCAGUUCAAGCUGGAGAGCUUGCCCGACGUUGAGCGGGCCUACGUCCAUAUCGACUACGAGACCACUCACAAGCCGGAGCACGCGUACAAGAAGGACCUCUGA